AUGACUCAGGAAAAGCCCAAUAUCCGCAUUGGAAACGUCUCUGGCGCAACUGGCGACCACCCACACGCCAUGGCGCGCAUGGUUCGUUCCGGCAAUGUUCAUGUAAUCACCGGUGAUUGGCUGUCUGAGAUGAACAUUGCCUGGAACGCCAUCACGAAGCAGGAAGUAGACGAGAAUCUGGGAUACGAGGAUGGCUUCUAUCAGCAGCUAGAAGAAUGCAUCGACGACAUUGUUGCAAAGAAUAUUCGCGUUGUGACCAAUGCUGGUGCUCUGAAUGUUAUGAGCUUGUAUAACAAAGUGAAACGGCUCUGCGAAGAACGAGGACAUGACUGUGUUAUUGCGGCUGUUCUGGGAGAUGAUAUUACGGAUUUGCUUGUGGAUAAAGUUUCAGACAAGAAAAACACAGGCUUUAAACAUUUGGAUCAUCCAGAAACGUCGCUUGAUGACUGGGAGUUUACGCCUUGUACUGGAAAUGCCUACAUUGGCAGCUGGGGCAUAACUGCUGCCCUUAGGGCUGGUGCGAAUAUCGUUCUCUGCGGGAGAUGCACCGAUGCUUCACCAGUUAUGGGAGCUGCUGCUUGGUACUAUGGCUGGAAGGAAGACAGCUUUGAUGAGUUGGCUGGCUCACUGCUGGCUGCUCACCUGAUUGAGUGUGGCCCAUACGUUGUUGGCGCAAACUUUUCCGGCUUCAAAGACUUUUUGUCUGAUCUCGUUGAUCUAGCCUUUCCCAUAGCUGAGAUUGACUCUAAAGGAGCCAGCGUUAUUACACGGACGGCAGAGGGAGGAGGUCAUGUAACUGAGGGGACGGUAACUGCGCAAUUACUCUAUGAGCUCCAAGGCCAUCUCUAUCUGAAUCCAGACGUCGUUGCAGAUCUGUCUACUGUUUCGAUCAAGCAGCAGGGAACAGAUGGUGUAAGAGUUACAGGAGUUAAAGGUCUGCCUCCACCAGCCACCACCAAAGCCAUGAUUGCAGGCAAGGGGGGGUACCAGGCUGAAGCAACCUUUUACAUCAACGGCCUUGACGUGGCGGAAAAGGCUACAAUGAUGAAGAACCAGCUUUCUCAUAUUUUCCAGGACAGUCGGUUCAGCAAACUUAGCAUCGAACUGUAUGGGACGCAAGCAGAGAAUCCGUCAUCUCAACAGGCGGGUACUGUAUCAUUGAGAGUCUUUGCACAAGCGCGGAAGAAAGAAGACAUUGAUGAGCUGAGGUUCAAGAUCCCCUUGUAUGCGUUGCGGAUGCAGAGUUACCCUGGAUACCACAUGAAUCUCGACUUUCGGACAAUGACGCCACGGCCAUUCAUGGAAAUGUUUCCAGCACUGAUGCCGGUUUCAUUAAUAGAUCACCGCGUCCUGAUCAGCACUGGUGAGGUUAUCAAGGUCGAACAGCCCAAGAUUACAGCGACGUAUCCCGUUGUUCGACCAUCAGCAGACACAGCGGAGCCUGUAGACCUGUUGUCGUUUGGACCAACAGAGUUUGCGCCUCUCGGCAGUAUCGUCCAUGCAAGAUCGGGAGACAAAGGCGACAACUCGAAUGUGGGAUUCUUUGUUCGUGAUGCUUCGGAAUAUCCUUGGCUGAGGACUCUACUGAGCGUCGACAAGCUGAAGCAGCUGCUGGGGGAUGACUGGCAUAGCGGGAAUCCGAACAGACGAGUGGAGAGAAUAGAGUUUCCUACUAUCAACGCCGUGCACUUCCGGAUACUUGAUAACCUCAAUGGUGGGAUAGCAUCGUCUGACAGAAUUGAUGGGUUGGGCAAGGGUGUUGCUGAGUAUUUGCGAAGCAAAUAUGUGGAUAUACCCAAGGUAUUCUUAGAGAAAGGUCGCAUAUGA